ACGCUGCUUUGCAACUUCUCGUAAGAAUUUACAAAGUUGAACAGCUGAUAAGAAUAAAUAAUUAUGUAUAUUCACUGUGUACGUGUAAAAUCAUUUAUAAUGAGAUAUUUAGUGUUCAUAGUGAGUAUUAGUGGAGAUCUUCUGAUCAGUGACGUUUGUUGAAUAAAGUGCAGUUCUCAACUGGACUUUGUAAACAACAUAACCUCAAAGUGUAAACAAAGUUGUUAGAAAUGACGAUGGCGGUGGAAGGCGUCAUGGUGUCGUACAACUACUCUGAGGACGGCGAGCUGGCCAACAUCCUCACCGUCGCUGCAUCAGGGAUUAAGUUCUCCAACAGAUGGGUGCUCACCCAUGGGUCUAUACUGUCGCCAUUGAAACAAGUAAACGCAAUCCAAAACGCGAAAGGCAAGCCGAUCCUCAGCGAUGAAUUCUAUGACAACCUUCCGGAGAUCCACGUCACAUGUGAGAAGGAGCAGUCAAAAGCCCCUAACCUGUACGAGGGGGUGGAGCGACUGAGCAGGGAAAGGAGCCUGGAUAAUGAUGCUGAUGAUGAACACAGCAGCUAUCAGAUCAGGGUGCUCACUGGCAGAAUCUGCCACGUGUGGCAGUGUCCGAUCCUGGAGCGGUGCGUGGCAGACAUCCUGUACAGCUGGACAGUGGGCUAUAGAGACGGGGAUAUUGAGAAGCAGACGCAGCUUGGCAAGGCGUUGCUCUCUGUGUUCGUACUCGUCGACUUGGAGAGCGAGAACAGAGGUCUGAAGACACUAAGACCUCUAUCAGAGCUAUUUGACAUGGUUCGACCGCCUCCAGGGAGAGGGUCCACGGUAGAAGUGCACUCGACACCGUUUGGUUGCGAGGUAUUUCUUAACGCAGUGACGAGAGGGACGGUGUGCGGAGUGGUUGGUAAAAGACCAUCCUUGCUGCUUACAGACGCGGCUACUGCACUCGGCUCUGAAGGAGGACCCGUCUUCACUGAGGGACCUACUGGGUCGCUGUGGGGCGCGGUGGUGUGCAGCGUGUCAUGGUGGCGCGGGGAGUGGGUGGGGCUGACUCUAACGGCGCCCCUGGUGUCCGUGCUGGCUGCUAAGCUGAGGGUCACGCCGCCAGCUAUCAAUAGGCCGAUGCCGACCAGUCCGCAUAAGGAGAUAUUGGAUCGUAUAGACAAAACAACAGUAUUGGUGCGAUGCGGCGCGGCGUGGGGCGCUGGGUUGUACUUGGGUGGUGGAUACGUAGUGACCUGCGCUCAUGUCGUCAAAAAUUACGGUACCUACAAAAUCUCGCUGUACUGCCAAGGAGUGAAAGAGACGGCGAUAGUUCGCUACAAGACAGCCGAUGACAAAGCGUAUGACCUAGCUCUACUUUACACCAACCCGCAAUAUUGGAACCAAUUGAUACCCGCUGAGUUUGCCGAUGAGCCCGCUGAAAAAGGAGAAUCAGUGCUGGCAGCUGGCUACCCGUACUUCAACGAGACCAACCUUGAGGACUUGAAGCCCACAGUCACCUCGGGACACAUCAAUAACGCGUCGCCAUCUAUGAUACAGACCUCUUGCUGCGUACAGUCCGGGUUCAGUGGCGGUCCAAUAUUCCGGCUGACGAAGACCAACUCAGUGGAGGUGCUGGGCAUUAUCGUGAGCAACGCCAAGACAGAGACCGGCGCCUGCUACCCGUACAUCAACAUGGCCGUGCCCACGCGCGCCUUCAUACAUCUCCUGCACAACUUCAUGCAGGACAAAGAUGCUGGUAAGCUGAGAAUCAUAGAAAAUGACAAAGAAAUAGUCCAGUCACAGUGGCGAUUGAUGCCAUACCGAUCAAAAAUAUGAAGAAGUAUUCUACCUAACCCACUAGGGACUCAGUGUGAUGAUGAGUGAAAGUGUAAUAAAGGUUAUACAGGGAAACUAAUUCUAUAAAUGGUUGAAAAUUGUGAUAGUUAAAAUGACAAUGGCUCCGAUUCCUACAGACACCUGAUUUUAUUUUAAGUUAUACCUGUCAUUUUCUUAUCCACCGAAGGGACGAUGACAGCUGCUAAUUUUAAAAUGAAUGUGUGAAUGAAUGAAUAACCCGGGCGAAUCGAAUAAGUAUUUCACUGGUAUGCAAACCGUUUGAAGUCUGCUGUCAAGUAAAUUCUGUCGGGUUAUUGACUAAUGUAAUUUUUUUUUAAUUGACGAGUGUUCCAUAUAUUUUAUACCUGUCGAUUACCCGUCCCUUUCCUUUUCGGCGGAUAAGAAAAUGACAGGUAUAACUUAAAAGAAACGUAGAUGGUAUGUACUGAAAUAACAGCACCAAUGUUUUUGUACAUAAAUUAUUGUGUUAGUUUCUAUAUUUAAUUAGAGGUACAUAUUAUAUAUUGUGAUAUAUAAAGGGAAAA